AUGGUCAAUGCUGACUCUUUAGUGACUGCUGUUCACUUUCUUCUGACAGAUGUAAAUGAGUGCACUAUGGAGAAUGGUGGCUGUCAUGACCAGUGCUGUAAUACUGUUGGCAGCUACCACUGCAAAUGUCCAGCCGGCCAGAAACUGGAGGAAGAUGGAAAAUCAUGUGGAGAUGUGGACGAGUGCGCGGUGGUGAAUGGUGGCUGCCAGCAAGGCUGUGUCAACACACGUGGCUCCUUCCACUGCCAGUGCCGGGCAGGAUACAGGCUUCACGCUGAUGGGCGCACUUGCAUAGCUAUCAAUUCCUGCAGUGUUAACAAGGGGGGCUGCGAGCAGGAUUGUGUUCAGCUCAGUGAGGACCACUAUAAGUGUCAGUGCCAGCCAGGCUACCAGCUGAAGAGGGAUGCCAGAUCCUGUGAAGUGAUAGACCCCUGCACAACUGGGAAUGGAGGAUGCCCACAAAUCUGUCAAAAUGAGAGAGGAAUUGCAAAAUGCGAGUGUCAUGCAGGGUAUUAUCUUUCUGCAGACAAAAUAUCCUGUUUAGACAUUGAUGAGUGUGCAGAAGGAAGAGCCAGGUGUGCUCAUCGUUGUGUGAACAGACUGGGAUCUUUCACCUGUGUCUGUAAUCCGGGCUUCGAACUGGGGGCUGAUGGAAAGCAGUGCUACCGCAUCGAAAUGGAAAUUGUCGAUAGCUGCCAGGAAAACAACGGUGGCUGCUCUCACCACUGCGAGCACACGACUGUGGGACCACGAUGCUCCUGUGACGAUGGCUAUCGCCUCGAUUUUGAUGGCAAAAUGUGUGCAGAGCUGGACGAAUGCAAGAGCGGAGAGUCCUGCUGCUCCCAAUUCUGCAUCAACUACGCAGGUGGCUACGAGUGUGCCUGCAAAGCAGGGUUCCAGCUAAAUGCCAACGGCUGUGCCUGUGAUGAUGUGGAUGAAUGUCGUCUAGAUAACGGCAACUGUGACCAUUUCUGUGUUAAUUUUCUGGGGUCAUACGAAUGUGCGUGUAAGGAGGGUUACAGGCUUGGUGUUAACAGAUGGUCCUGCACUGUUUGCCUUGAUAACACUUUUGGCAAUGACUGUAGCUUGAGCUGUGAGGAUUGUCUGAACGGAGGCAGAUGUAACAGUGAACACAGUGGCUGUGUUUGCUCUCCUGGGUGGACUGGCAUUAUCUGUAAUGAAACUUGCUCCCCAGGGACGUACGGCAGAGGCUGUUCCAGUAUUUGCAAGUGCCAGAACAGAGGCUCGUGUGACCCUGUCACAGGGCAGUGCCACUGCCCGCCUGGUGUGCACGGCAAGCUCUGUGAAGAUGGUUGCCCGAAAGGCUUCUUUGGGAAGAACUGUAAUAAACCAUGCAGCUGUGCCAACAAGGGCUAUUGCCACAGACUCUAUGGAGCCUGCCUCUGUGAUCCGGGGCUCUAUGGGCGCUUCUGCCAUCUUACCUGUCCCAGGUGGGCCUUCGGAGCUGGCUGCUCAGAGGAGUGUCAAUGCAUGAAAGAGCACACGCUGGAAUGCAACGCGAGGAAUGGGACUUGCACCUGCAAGCCUGGUUAUCAUGGCAAAAAGUGUCAGAAAGAGUGCACGCCUGGAUUUUAUGGGGCUGGUUGUAAACUGAGGUGCAACUGUCCUACUGAUGUUUUGUGUCAUCAUGAGACAGGAGCCUGCCAACAUCCAUGUCCACCUGGGUUUCAUGGAGAAAAAUGCCAUUUAUCCUGUCAGCCUGGGAGCUUUGGGGUGAACUGCAGGCAGAGGUGCAGCUGCGGAGAAGCACCGUGCAAUCCGAAGACAGGGCAGUGUAUUUGCCCAGCUGGGAAGACCGGUGCUACAUGUGAGCAAGAUUGCCCAGCUGGUCAGUGGGGACCAGACUGCAAGUCCUCCUGUGAGCCCUGUGCCAAUGGGGGACAAUGCAACAGAGAGACUGGAGCCUGUGACUGUCCCCCAGGCUACAGUGGGGAAUCCUGUUCCACAUCCUGCCCCAAUGGUUACUAUGGACAAAAUUGCCUGCUGUUGUGCAGCUGUAGCAGCAGCGCUCAAUGUUACCAUGUCACCGGAGAGUGUAUGUGUUCCCCUGGCUGGACUGGCCAUGACUGCAAACACCCCUGCAGUAGUGGCCACUGGGGACAGAGCUGUGAAAACACGUGUGUCUGCAAUAAUAGCGAUGGUAGCUGUGAUCCAGUCACUGGCUCCUGCUUCUGUGAGCCAGGAUUCACUGGGAAACACUGUGAAUGGAGGUGCCCUGAGGGAAGCUUUGGCCCAAGCUGUGAGCACAGCUGUCAGUGCCAGAAUGGAGCUGCCUGCGACCAUGUGAGUGGAGCCUGUACUUGCACAGCAGGCUGGACAGGAACCUUUUGUGAAAGAG